AUGGCUAUUAACCAGGCACAUGUUCAUCCGCAUUACACGUUACCUGGUGUAAUGCACUACUUGCAAACGGAGUUCACGAAGAAUGAAAGAGAUAGAAUCACCUGGGAGCUAGAAAGGUCGGAAAUGAAAGCAAGAAUUGCAGAACUAGAGGGCGAAAAUAGAGAUUUGAAGCAUCAAUUGAAUCAAAUACAAUCGAAAGCUGUUUCUCCUGAAGGUGAAAAGGAAGAAAAACAUGUGCCUGAUUCAUUACUGCAGUCUAAGCUAGCUGUUCAAGAAAAUGUGAAGGAAAUAAUUUAUUUGUUGAAAGGCCCUAACACGGUCAAUCAGUUAGAGUCAUUAAAUAGCAGAGAAGCGGGUUCUGAAUUGCACGAUUUAGAGAAACUGAACGUGAAUACUCCCAAGGAAGAGGGCAGUGCGAAGACAAAUGGGAUGGAUAUUUUAAAUAAUGCCCUCUUGGACACCAAACCCAAUCCAAAGCAAGGUCCUUCAGAGUCACCAUCACCAACCAAAGUGAAAUCUUUGUUUAGCACAGCCAACAAGCGUGAAAAUAAUGAAACAAUAUCCAAGAUACACUCGGAAUUGUCGAAAGUCGACAUUAUCAGCUCCUACGGGGACUGUAUGGCACUUUAUGAUGCAGACACCAAAUCGUUAGAAAUACACCAAGUGGACGCAAACUUGAAUUCCAAACUCUUAAAGAAAAUAUCUUUAGGGCAAGAUAGCGACAUUAUGAAAUUUUUCUGGGUUUCGACGUCCAAACUCCUUGUUAUUGAAAAGAGUUUCCAUUUGAAAUUGUUCUCUAUUUCUAGCGCAUCUUUGAUCUCAGAUGUGGACCUAUUACAAGACUCAGAACAGCCGUUUUCGUCUAGUGAUAUCAUUAAUAUAGACUUCAAAAAUAAAUGGUUGUUGAUAGCUAGUAAGAAUAAAUCUCAAAUUAGAAUCUGGGAAUUGGACAAUAUAGAGGCUCCUGAGGAUGUCCCAAUUAACAUAAAAGAAACAUAUGAAAUAACACAUGAUAAUGAUGACGAUGAUAGUAAUGAUUCCACAAACAUUCUGGAUUGUAUAUUGGGUAUAACAGAAAAAUCCUUAAUAUUACUGUCUUCAAAUCCAUACCAGCUUACCAUAUAUGAUUUCGAGGGUAAGCUUCUACAAAAAAUUGAUUUGAAGAUUGAUACAAUAUUAUCGGGUAAGCCAGAAGAAGAAGGUUACCAUUUAUUUUUGGAUAGAAAAACUUCUAAGCUACUGAUUCAGCUAAGCAAUGAGAGAUUAUUGGUUUAUUCUUUUGAUAAGAAAAAAGUUGUACUGAAGGAACAAUUGACUCCAUCGUCAACACUACCAAUACAACUCGAUUUGAACGACAGCAUAAUCACCGUAUCAUAUAGUAAUGGAGACUUUGAGUUUAGGAAUUUAGAAAACCUAAAACCAUCCAUCGACGAAUUUGUCGUAGCAGACAUCAACUUCUCGGAAAGAAAAGAGCCUGUGGUAUUUUCUUCAAAUCUGAUUGUAGAUUCUACGCCGGUGUUAAUCACCGUGAAUAAAAAUAACGAAGUCCUUUUGCACAAGAUUAAAAUAUAA